CUUGCCUCUUUUCUCUUUUGAAUCCCCGACCAAUUCACCCUCUCUUCUUCUCCCCAACAUAUCUAUUUCAGGGACGGAAGAAAGACAAAAGGGAAGACGAGGGGGGAUGGCCCGAGAAUAAGAGAAGACAGUGAAAUAAGAGGUGCGGCGCUGCAUUAAACCAUGCAACCUCCGGUCCACGAAAAAUCGACGCCUUCCACCGGCACACCCCCUGUCGCCGUCAUCGAUGCCAAUGCCGACUGCAGCAACAACGCCACUCCCGUCGAGCCGCGCCAGCCUCAAGCCUCUCACGUAGAAACCCCAGGAAAGGGGUCUGAACCGUCUGGCUCACCAGAGGCACUCUCUCCCAGCAAUGAGGUAGACCAAGAGCGACACGAUUCAAGUGAUCCGAACGCGAACGCGAACGCAAACGCAGACGGAGACGCAGACGGACACCCGGGGAUCCCAUUCUCCAAAGCCAGGUGCAUAGCUUUGGUUGCCACUCUCACUGGUGCAAGCUUCAUGAAUACCGUUUCCAUCCAAUCCGUCGUCAUUAUCCUGCCAGCCAUUGGCGCCGACCUCGAUAUCCCGGAACAGCGCUACCAGUGGGUCAUCUCAGCCUACGCCCUGGCCUUCGGCUGCUUCCUCCUUCUCUGGGGCCGCAUCGCCGACAUCUACGGCAAGCGCAAAAUAUUCAUCGCCGGCACCGCCUGGGUCGCCGUCGUCACCAUCGCCAACGCCUUCACCCCCAAUGAGGUUGCCUUCGACCUCUUCCGCGGCCUGCACGGUCUGGGCGCAGCUGCCAACGUGCCUACCGCUCUUGGCAUCCUCGGCACGACCUUCCCCCCGGGCCGCGCCAAGAACUAUGCCUUCAGCGCCUACGCCGCCGGUGCGCCCCUGGGGAGUAUCUUCGGGAACCUGAUCUCCGGCUUCAUCGCCAAUUUCGCCCACUGGCGCUGGGUCUUCGGCGUCAAGGCCAUCCUCUCCGGCAUUGUCACCGCCGCCGCCAUCUUCGUCAUCCCGCCUCCCCCGGCCUCGCUUCAGACACCCCCCUCACUAUCCGAUCCCAACGACCCGAGCGCCGCCGCGAAGCGCUCCGUCGACUGGUUCGGAGGCUUCCUCAUCACCGCCGGCGUCUUCGCCCUGUUGUAUGCCUUGGCCGAAGGCAACGUCGUCGGCUGGCACCGCCCCUGGAUCCCCGUCAUCAUCGUCGUCUCCGUCCUCGUCAUCGCCGCCUUCGUCUUUUGGCAGCACCACCUGGAGCGCAAGGGCCGCGCCCCUCCGCUCAUGAAGGUGUCCGUCUUCCGCAACGCCCGCUUCAGCGCCGCCAUGUUCAUCAUGGCCCUCUUCUUCGGCUCCUUCAACAACUUCCUCGUCUUCGCCACCUACUUCUGGCAGGAUUUCCAGGGCCACUCCCCGCUGCAGACCACCCUCCGUUUCAUCCCCACCGGCGUCAUGGGCAUCGUCACCGCCCUCGUCGUCGCCCUCCUCGUCUCCCGCGUCCCCACGUACCUCCUCCUCGUCUUCGGGAACCUCUCCAUGGCCGUCGCCUGUCUCCUUUUCGCCGCACCCAUUCCGCCCACCACGUCGUACUUUGCCUACGGCCUGCCGGCCAUGGUCUUCUCCGUCUUUGGUGCCGAUACGGCCUGGCCUUGCCUGACGCUCUUCACCUCCAAGUCGCUGCCGCAGGAGGACCAGGCGCUCGGCGGCGCUCUCAUCAAUACUGUCGGUCAGGUGGGCCGCGCCAUUGGUCUCGCCAUUGCCACGGCGGUGCAGACGGCCGUCAUGGCCCGGGAGAGGGGCUUGCCGGUCCAGGAAGUGGGCAGCAUGGAGCUGUGGGACGAGCCGUCGCUUGCCGGCCUUCGCGCCGGCAAUUGGUCCAAUUUUAGCUUCGCUGUCUGCUCACUACUCAUUGUUCUAUUCGUCUUUAGGAGCUCCGAGAUUGUUGGGAAGUCUGAUAAGAAGCCUGAGCAGCGUGGUGAAGAGGGGACGAUCGGUAACGAAGGGGAGACAAGUCGGGAGAAGACAAGUUAGACACAGGCUUUUUCCUCUUCCUUCUUCUUUCCCUUGUUCUUUUGGAAUACAUAGAAAACAUCGACCAAUGGUGUCAACGGAACUGUGAAACAGGCCAUGGCGCACUGGAAUCUGUUAAUCUGAUGUAAAAGAGUAACUCGUGUCAUAAAAUCCAAUAUAACCACAUGGACAUGCAAC